GCUCUUGAGUUUGUAGAAAGAAACUUUCCAUCUCCUUUGGGUUCUGUUUUAGGGAGAGAAACUGAUCCGGGAAUUUUGCAAGAUCCAGAGGAGUUGAAGUGACUAGACACUGAUCCACCACAAAGACAUCAACAUGUCCAAAAAAAUCCAUGGCGGCUCUGUGGUGGAGAUGCAGGGAGAUGAAAUGACACGAAUUAUUUGGGAAUUGAUUAAAGAAAAGCUCAUAUAUCCUUAUGUGGAACUGGAUCUGCAUAGCUAUGACUUGGGUAUAGAGAACCGUGAUGCCACCAAUGACCAGGUCACCAAGGAUGCUGCAGAAGCUAUAAAGAAGUACAACGUGGGCGUCAAGUGUGCUACCAUCACCCCCGAUGAGAAGAGAGUGGAAGAGUUCAAGCUGAAACAAAUGUGGAAGUCGCCUAAUGGCACCAUCCGAAAUAUUCUGGGUGGCACUGUCUUCAGAGAAGCUAUCAUCUGUAAAAACAUCCCCCGGCUUGUGACUGGAUGGGUGAAACCCAUCAUCAUAGGCCGCCAUGCUUAUGGGGAUCAAUACAGAGCAACCGAUUUUGUUGUUCCUGGGCCUGGGAAGGUAGAGAUAACCUACACACCGAAUGAUGGAUCCCAGAAGGUGACAUACCUCGUACAUAACUUUGAAGAUUGUGGUGGUGUUGCCAUGGGAAUGUACAAUCAGGAUAAAUCAAUUGAAGAUUUUGCACACAGUUCCUUCCAGAUGGCUCUGUCUAAGGGUUGGCCUUUGUAUCUGAGCACCAAAAACACUAUUCUGAAGAAAUAUGAUGGACGUUUUAAAGACAUCUUUCAGGAGAUAUAUGACAAGCAGUACAAAGCUAAAUUUGAAGCCCAGAAGAUCUGGUAUGAACAUAGGCUCAUUGAUGACAUGGUGGCCCAAGCAAUGAAAUCAGAAGGAGGCUUUAUCUGGGCCUGUAAAAAUUAUGAUGGCGACGUGCAGUCAGACUCCGUGGCCCAAGGAUAUGGCUCCCUUGGCAUGAUGACCAGUGUGCUGGUUUGCCCAGAUGGCAAGACAGUGGAAGCAGAGGCUGCCCAUGGGACUGUAACUCGUCACUACCGCAUGUACCAGAAGGGACAGGAGACAUCCACCAACCCCAUUGCUUCCAUUUUUGCCUGGACCAGAGGAUUAGCCCACAGAGCCAAGCUGGAUAACAACAAAGAGCUCAGCUUCUUUGCAAAUGCUUUGGAGGAAGUCUGUAUUGAGACCAUUGAGGCUGGCUUCAUGACCAAGGACCUGGCAGCUUGCAUUAAAGGUUUGCCGAAUGUGCAACGUUCUGACUACUUGAACACAUUUGAGUUCAUGGAUAAACUUGGAGAAAACUUGAAGAUAAAGCUCUCUCAGGCGAAACUUUAAGGUCAUCCCUGGGCUUCGGAGAAGUGUUUUUUGGUAACUAGGUCCACAGGUUUACAUUUUUCUGUGUAACACUCAAGGGUAAAAGUGAAAUCAACUUUGUAAUUUGUUUAGAAGCUGGCAUCUAUCUUUUCUAUAAGUUUACAGCCUUUUUCUUAUUAAUGCAGCUUUUGCCACCUUCGUGAAUGUGGCAAUGGAAUAUUGUUUUUUAAAAAAAUUAUUUUCUGGUAGCGCCCACAAAUCACUUAAGUAUCAUUCAUAUUCACUGUCACUUUUUCUCAUGUUCUAAACGACCAAAAUAAGAGUGCUUGAAAAGGUAAAUGACAACCACGGAGCUGUUUCUUAAAGUAAGCGAGAACUACAGAUUCACUGCCGUCCCGUCCUGCCAAGGACCCUGGGCACCGACAGGCUUUGGUGUUACAGCUUUACCCCCGGGAGGGGACGUGAUCAGAGCAAAGCCCGAGUAGAGGUAAACUGUUUUGAAACACUGCAGUCAUUUUAUGAAGAUCUUGUUGAAUGUUGCAAAUAUGUUGAAUAUUUUCAAGGCCACUGGAGAGUAUGGAAUCCAACAUAAAUACCACCCAGAGGUUUGUCCUCUGCUUGUCCCUUCCUGCUCUUGACCUGGCCUGACCUGAGUAUUAUGUGACCUGAACUAAGCCUAUGUCAUCCAAGUGCAAUCAUGUAAGUGGCACCUUUUUAGGCUUCUGCUGACCCCUUUCAUUUCUUUAAUAUAAAUGUGAUUUCUCAGAAGUUGAUAUUAAACACUAUUACAGUCCUGUUCUUUAUCUGAACUGUUAAUUUUAAUUAAAAUUGUUCAUUCAAAUUAA